UAAAAUUUACUGUAAAAUAUUCGUUGAGCAGUCGCAAAAGGAGGAACAGCAGCAGGGUGCCUCUCCUACAAGAAUUCAUCGUCUACAGUAGUGUAGUAGUAGUAGUAGUUUAGAUUAGUUUAGUGUUAGUAUUAGUAUUGUAUUAGUACUUGCUAACUAAAAGAAUAGGCCAGGAGAUAGAGAGAGAAAGAAAAAGAAAGAAAAAGAGAGAGAGAGAGAGAGAGAGAGAGAGAGAGAGAGAAAGAGAGAGAGAAAGAGAAAAAAAGAGAGGAAGAUAGAUUGUAGUGUGCAGUUGUGCAGAGAGUCAUAAGUUCGAGGUAUUUUUGUUCGAUCGGAAAGACGAGACGAAGUGGCGGGAAUUGAACGUCUUCCUUUUAACAAUUUAAAAAAACGUGGCGGGGGAAAGGAAAAAAAACAAAUCAUAGACACACAUAUAUAUAUAUAUAUAUAUAGAAGAAAAAGAGAAGAAGAAGAAGAAGACAAAUUGCUAAUACAUGUGGAUGCUGUAAUUACCAUUGACAAGUUUCUAUAAACCCCAACGACGUUGAUAAUGAUGAUGAUGAUGAUGAAAAAAGGGUAAACAGGAAUGCAAUAUCUUAAAUAGAAGGAAAAGAAAGAAGAAGAAGGGAGUAAGAAUAAUCCAGCUGUUGUGUAUGUAUGUAUGUAUGUAUGUAUGUAUGUAUGUAUGUAUGUAUGCGUGUACACUUAUUGGACAAUGAGAAAAUUCUAACCCUUUUCGUAUUAUCGUGUUCUUCGUCAUCCUUUGACAAUCAUCGUCUUUGCCGUGGAAUUAAUAAAAACAGAUACCGUAUAAGGUAAUUCCAAUCUCUUGAAAUCAUCCAAUCCGAUAUAUAGAAAAUAAAGGAAAUAAUAAUAAUAAUAAUAAGAUACCUCGCAUGAUCGAGAAGAAGGAAUUAAGAACAAGAAUAAGAAUAAGAGAAAAAUCAUGGCUACGGUGUUCGAGAGUCCAUUUCUGUCAAACCGAUUACGUCAAAUUGAGGAACGUUACGACGAGCCUAACACCUUCGGCAGGUGCGAUUGCACCAGCUAUAGUUAUCUGUCAUUAAGCGUAGUUCUGUUCACGGUUGGCACUACGAUCACCGUGUUCGCGCUCGGUGAUAUCGCCGAGGGACAUGUAUUUUCCCAUUUUGGCCACAUGUGGUUAAUCGGACCGAUCUUCAUUAGUUCCGGAUUUAUGGUUGCCGUUAAGUGUAUGCUAUAUCUAAGAAGAAAAUCCGUUAUACAGAUGAUCUAUCAUCAACGACAACUUUUCAGGCAUUUACAGGAACUGGCAGCUUCCCCGAGCGUCGGUACCAGCGGGAUGGGUACACCUGGACCACCUUCUUACGAAGUCAUCACGCAAGCUCAAGGAUCCAAUGAGUUGCCACCUCCUUCUUAUGCCGAAGCCGUUUCUCUUCUUAGACAAGCUGGUAUCAAUGAUACAAAACUGGAUUGUGGAACUGUUUCGUGCAGUACCAUCAAUGUCAAUGAGAAUAUACGUAGCAAACCUUGAGGUACGUUUUGAAUCCUGUAGGGUAAUCUACUUGGCCUAUGUGAAGAUAUUAGCAAAGACGAGAGGAUCUUCUUUGGUAUAUCUCUCGUUGCCAAACAGUAUCUCAUUUGGAUGAGUUAUUCAUACGGUUUGAUACUCUUUCGAAUUUAUCAACACAAAGCAAGCAUUCUGAGAACUAGAAUCAGCAAGGGUAAUUUAAAAUCCAAUUGGUUUUGGAUUUUUUCUUUUUCUUUUAUAUAUAUAUACAUAUACAUAAAAUCGUUAUUAGUGGCUUCCAUUUUAAUAAUGAAUUAUUAUCGGGACAAUUAUCGAGAAAGAAUAAUUAAUCAAACUAAGAGCUGUACUUAUUGUCAGCACAAGCAAUCCAAUAUCGUGUACUUAGUUUCUUAGUUUUUGUCUUGUAUUUGUAAAGAUAAUGCAAACACGCACAGCUAGGAAAGCAUUAAUAAAAUAUAUAUGAUCGAGGAUGAAGUUUGAUGGAACCAACCAUACACGAUUAGAAAGUUUAUUCAAUAUUUUCCUGAAAACAUGUAAGUACAGCGGCUUACAUUUAAAAUGAGGGAAAUGAUACAAUGUACAUAAACUGACUAUUAUUAUAAUACUUCAUAAGAAUGGGAUACAUAUAUAUUAAAUUGGUGCUAAUUAAUAAAUUAUGUAUUAGAAAAACAUUAGCAAAGUAAUUUCGUUUGUGUGCUGGUUGUAGGCUUAUACUUAAUACAUUGAAUAAUUUUUGAAAAGUAAAUAAAAUUUGCUAUUCAUAAUGCAUUUAGUAAACCUCUUUUUCUACAAAUAUUUGAAUUAGCCAGUGUCAAAUUUGCAUAUAUAUGAUAUACGACGUAUAUACAUAUAUACAUAUACAAUAGUGAAUGAUAGUGCGUGCUGGCACAAUGUGGUAGAUUUUAUCUAAUUUUAAAACAACGAGUCUAUGUCAAAAGGAACCAGUAGUAGUUGUAAUAAGUAAUACGAGAACUUAAAGUGCUUUGUAUGUUCAUAAUUAGAAAUUGAACAUAAGAAAAAAUUAAUUAUGCUUGUAAUGUAAUUACGUAUGGCAUUACAAUUAAUAGAUAAUAUUAAUGCGGUAUCUACUGCCGAAGCUACCUAUUAUAUAUAGAUAUAUAUAGCUUCGUAGAAUGCAAUGUACUUCAAUGUUUGCAAAUUUUGUAAUUGCAAGAUGCUUGUCUUUGUACAGAAUAUUUCUUAUUGACUUUUAUAGAAUUGUAUUUACAUAAUAUAGAUAGAGCAGGCCAUGUGUACCAUCUAAUGCAAGAACUUAAGCAAAAGCUUGCUGUGAUGUACUAAGCACUAGUCAAUGUGGGAACAUAGGGAAUGGAGAAUAUUUUUAUGGUAAAGAAAAAAAAAGAAAAAGGGAAAAAAAUGUAAAAAAUGUAUCUUCCAAGUGACAAAGUGCCUUAAAAUUUUUCAGUAGCAUACAGAGUAAUUAAACAAAUGAUAACAGUAAUAAAAAAAAAAAAAGAAAAUAAAUCAUUUGCACAAUACUAUAGCAUGGAAUAGCAUAAACGUUCAUAUUUACUUGUGCAUACAUUUCAUAUAAUGUAUUAUUAUUAUUAUAUGAAACGCAUACACAUUGAUGUGUCAGCCGUGUGUAUGCUAUAAACUUAAUAGCGUAAUACUUCUUUCACAAACAACUGAGUUCUUACUAAGUUCUUUUUAAAUCAAAUUAUUAUUAUAUAUUUAUGUUGUUUUAUUAUUAAUUAGAUAUAUUUUCGAUUAGAUUUUGUGAAAGACGUAUAUAUAAUUUAGUACCUGUGCAAUAUCCGAUAAAAACAA